CUGUGCGACAAUGCAUCUAGGCUAUGCAUUGCUAGUGUAGUCAACAUGCAGUCAAUGGAAGUGAUCGUACAAAGCGACAGUAAUUUUGCGUUCAAAUUGUAAAAGGAAAAUGAAAUAAACAAAUAACUUAGAAUCAAAACUAAUAAAAGAAUUCAAGGAAUAAAUAAACCACGUAUAUACAUAGUUAGAGUGGUAUAGAAAAAUAACAAACCUCAAUUUCCUUCGCCAUGUCUUAUUCCUUUGGUAUGCGUGGCAUUGGUCAAAGUUUCGGCAUUAAACUUUGCUGCUGUCGCGUGUGUACCUGUGUAAAUUUUGGUUUUGUCACUUCACGUGUGGGACUUACAAAAAUCCUACAACUAACCCUGGCCACUUUGUGCGAAGGGCUAUUGGUGCGCUAUGGAAUACCAGCAGCAGAUACAAUUGGACAGGCUCUGACCAGCAUGCUUACAACGACCGCUUAUUGCUUCACCACUACAGCCAUACUAAUGAUAUGCUAUUGCUUCUCGGAGAAAUCUUCAAGUCUAAUUAGACAAUCACUCUUUGAAACACUUUUCAAUGCGGUUGCCUGUAGCAUGUACUUCAGCUCUUCCAGCUACAUGGGCUUUGCUUGUGUUGUGUGGUUGCAUCCGCAAUUUCUUGUGCGACCGGGUUUUUGGGCCUACCCAGCAAUGACAGCGGCAUAUUAUAUUGGCUAUGCCGCCGGUAUUUUACAUGCCAUUGAUGCAUUUUUAUCUUUUAGAUAUUACAGAGGAAGUCGUUAGCUCAAAAGUUUCAUAUGACAAAUAAGUAACAAUUUUAUUAUUAAUCUUUUUUGUGUGUAUGCAUUUAUAUUUGUGUAUUAAAUUCAAGUAAUUGCAUUUGUCUGUAGCACAUUUGAGGCACUUACGAGAAACUAUUAAUUUUUCGUUUGUAUCUUAUAGAAAUUAAUGUAAUAU